CUCUCUUCCUCACCACCCAGCAAGGUCGUAGCCUAGCUAGCUAGCAGCGUAGAGCACAGACCAACAAGAUACAACGAUGAUGUCCAUUGCUGCUCGAUCGGGGUCAUUUUCCCCAUACUUGCAGGCAACGAAUUAUGCUGUUGCUGGGCUUCUCAAACCCUUAAUAACCGGAGUCGUUGUUAAAGGAGAGACAGUGCUGGUAGAUGUGAAGAAACCAUUCCUAUGCCGCGAAUCUUUAAACGGACAGAGCCCGAAAACUGGGCCCGCAGUCUCUGUUAGCAUCAAUGCCCCAGCUGGAAUCCGGUAUGCCCACACAGACAUCAAAAUACCAGACUUCUCCGACUACAGACGGCCUGAUGUUCAGGACCCCAAGACGUCUUCCCAGGAAAGCAGUGAGGCCAGGAGAGCCUUCUCCUACAUGGUAACCGGGGCCUUCUCCAUAGUUGGGGUCUACGCAGCCAAGACGGUAGUCACCCAAUUUAUCUCCUCCAUGAGUGCUUCAGCUGACGUCCUGGCUCUGUCCAAGAUCGAGGUCAAGCUGGGAGACAUUCCAGAGGGCAAGAACGUGACCUUCAAGUGGAGAGGCAAGCCUCUGUUCGUCCGUCAUCGAACAGAGAAGGAGAUUGCUGCGGAAGCCGCGGUCGACAUGAGUGAGCUGCGUGACCCCCAACACGAUACGGAACGUGUGACAAAACCCGAAUGGGUCAUUGUCAUCGGUGUGUGUACCCACCUGGGGUGCGUCCCCAUUGCCAACUCAGGGGACUACGGGGGGUACUACUGCCCCUGCCAUGGCUCCCAUUAUGACGCCUCUGGCCGUAUCAGGAAAGGCCCCGCACCCCUCAACCUCGAGGUUCCGUAUUAUGAGUUCCUUGAUGAAGAAACGGUGAUGGUAGGAUAGAUGUGAUGGACUAGGUACUUAUUUUUAAAAUACACAGGGCUGGUUUCCUCAGACUUGGAGCUCUGUGAUCAUUUGUGGAAUUGUGUCCAUCUUUGUCAUUUAAUUUGAAAUGGUCUUAGAGCUGCAAUGUUUUAUGGAGGCUCAAUCCUGCUUUAUAUGACCAGAUGUGUGAGAACUUCACUGCAAAGUGGGUGAAAGUAAUUGUAAGUUAUACAUAAAUAAUCCUUGUACAGUGUAAUAAGUAAUUCUACCAUCAGCUAAAUCUAUAUCUUCUGCACUGUACCAAAAUAAAAUUGGUUGUACAUUCUGAA